AAUAGAAUAGUGAGGAGGGACGAGGAAGGGGGAUAGUGGAGACACCCUCCUGUUUUACCUACCCACUUCUCUCUCUCUUUCUCUCUCUGAGUUUGGUGUCUUCUCUGUAGGCGUCUUUCCCUCGGAGACCCAAGGUACCCCAUCCUGAUAAGUCUUCACCGCCGCUGCUGACCGCUUCUCCGCUAACGAAGCAUUGCUUGGCGUCGCAUUUUCGUACGGUUUUAUUGAUCACUCCCACGUCCAAAGGAAUCCAGAAUAUCUUGUUUUUAACUUUUUCUGAUUCGAGGGUAGAGUUAUUCUUUUAAAUUUUUUCUUGCCUGGAGACGAAUCUACGUCUCCUAUAUAUUCUUAACGCGCCUGAAUCCACGAGAGCAGUGGAUUUUGGCACACAGUCAACCCUAGCGGCAAAUUUGUUACGAGGUUCUGAUUGAUGGGUGGGAAGGGGGUACAGGUAUUUGAUGAUAAAAGAGAUGUAUUUUUCUCCGUCUGCAAUUUGGGGUCUCAGUGGAACCUCCAAGACGGGUAUGUGUAUCCCGGAGGCUUAUUUGCCAGCGUCAGUCAGGUGGGAAUGGGAUUGGGUAUUCAGCCGCAGCCCCAGCCCAACCCUUCUGAUUCCCGGGACGGUGGCGGCUUAAAACUCCCCUAUGCUGAAUUGUUCGUUAAGCAUGUGGAAUCACCGGGGAAAGUUCGGAUUACUGAAGUUUCAGAGGAGGAAGGAAUUCAGAAGAAGAAGGGUGGCCUUAAACUGAAAAUUAAGAUAAAGAAUCCCUCUCUUAGGAGGUUGAUUAGUGGCGGCAUAGCUGGGGCAGUAUCCCGCACGACGGUGGCACCCUUAGAGACAAUAAGAACUCAUUUAAUGGUGGGGAGUAGCGGCCAUUCUACUGUUGAGGUUUUCAACAAUAUUAUGAAGACUGAUGGUUGGAAGGGAUUGUUUAGGGGUAAUUUCGUGAACGUGAUUCGGGUUGCACCUAGUAAGGCCAUAGAGCUAUUUGCUUAUGAUACAGUGAACAAGAACCUAUCCCCAAAACCUGGGGAACAGCCCAAGCUUCCUAUUCCUGCAUCAUUAAUCGCUGGUGCAUGUGCUGGAGUUAGUUCGACUAUUUGCACAUAUCCUCUUGAAUUAGUCAAGACUCGACUAACUAUCCAGAGAGGGGUUUAUAAAAGUCUGCUUGAUGCAUUCUUGAAAAUAGUUAAAGAAGAAGGCCCUGCAGAACUCUACAGAGGCCUUGCUCCCAGUCUGAUAGGGGUAAUUCCAUAUGCUGCCACCAAUUACUUUGCAUACGACACAUUAAGGAAAGGAUACCGAAAAGCAUUUAAGAAAGAGAAGAUCGGCAACAUUGAAACCCUUUUGAUUGGAUCAGCUGCCGGGGCCAUAUCAAGUAGUGCCACAUUUCCUCUCGAGGUAGCUCGCAAGCACAUGCAAGUGGGAGCUCUUAGUGGAAGGCAGGUUUACAAGAAUGUGAUUCAUGCACUUGCAAGCAUACUUGAACAAGAAGGGAUCCAGGGUUUAUAUAGGGGUUUGGGACCCAGCUGCAUGAAGCUAGUGCCGGCCGCCGGAAUAUCUUUCAUGUGCUAUGAAGCUUGCAAGAGGAUACUGGUGGAGGAAGAGGACGAGGAAUAAUUGGGUGAGUCACUCUUCUUUGGGGCUUUAUUAAUGGAGCUCAGGGUUGGAGGCGUAAUUUUUUUCCCUUUGGCAUAUUCUGUUAAUUUAUUUACAUUACUGGUAUUUUUUUUUUUCCGGCAACACUUGAGAGAAGCAAUCGAGGGUAGAAUAAUAAUGGUUUUUCGGCAAUUUUUCUCUUUGGGUAGUGAGUUUUUGGAUCUACUGUGGCUUAGUUCUUUUUCUUGAAGGUCAACAAGUAGUGAAAUUUUGCA